AUGUUAUGUUUCAUCUUUCCUCUGUUUCACCUUUCUGUUUACGUUUUACUCUUAAGAGCUUACGAAGAAACGCUUAAAAUAAUGACUGCAAAAUACAGGCAAGGAAAAAGACACGAUGUCGAAGAAUUUUUAAAGAAGAAUUGCACAGAAUGGUCGAAUAACUCGGAUAGCAACAUUAGCGGAUACAUUGAUAAUCCAAAGAUAAAAUUGAAAACUUUGCCCCAAGCUCAGGGAAAAGAAAUAAAUAAGGUUAUUGAUGACUUAAAAGCCGCGUUACCAAAUAUAACUCCCAAAGAAAUAAGAAGGUUUUAUAUGCCAUAUCAUGAGGCGAUACUUCUCGAGUUUAAAGAACAGGGAUACCAACAAUCAUUUGAUUAUAUGACAGAACUUCUAGGUUUCGAUGAAAAAAUUUCAGAAAAAACGCCUGGCUCGUUAUCAUGGAAAAAACCAUCUUUGAAAGAUCAACAAGAUUUUAUAAACUAUUUGACAAAUGGAUUUAUUGCGUCUGAAAAGAGUAAGAGAAAAGGUGACUACUUUGCACAAGCAACGACACUUUUAGAUAUGGCUCUGUUCUUUCAAUCGAAAACGUGGGAAUGGUGGUGGAUAGCCGACCAUCUCUAUCAAUUUGCUCUUUCAGUUGCGAAAUUGAUAGACGGUGAUGAUGCUAAAACAAUCACGUUGAUACGUUAUUUAUACGGUCGAUUUCUUUGUCACGAAUUACAGAAUCCAACAGAAGCUCUAGAUCAUCUGAACAAGGCGCGAAAGGACUCAGAAAAUAAAACAUGGAACGCAUCGGCAAAAUUGGAAAUAAAGCAACAUUGUAUCUUCAAAGAAUGCAACAUUCUUUUGUAUAAAACUCUAUUGAUUUUCGUUCGCACGGAACGUCUUCAAAAUCCCCAGUCCGCUUUGAAAGCCUGCAUUGAAGCUAAAGAAAGAGCAACCGAUGCUGGAAACAUUGAAUAUACAAAUGAAGUCCUUUACGAGCUCGGGAAAUGUUACAUCGCUGUAAACGAAAUUAAAAACGCGUUGCAAACUUUUUCGAAGCUAUUAGCUCUCGCCAAGAGAACUUCGGAUAUCGAGGGUGUUUGUAAUGCGCACAUGGAAUUAGCUUUUGCGUACAAACAUCUAAGCGACAGUGACUACACGGAAAAACAUUUGCGAAUGUGCCGAGAAAACGCUGAAAAUUUCGGUCUCCUGGAAAAGCUCGCCGAUGCACACUAUUACACGGGCGAACACUAUUUGAGUCAGGGAAAGUUAUAUUUAUCUACCAAACAUUUGGAAAACGCACUAAACCUAUACAGUAGACUUGAUUUGACUCACGAAGCUGAUCAAGCAAGAUGUAUUGCAGGAAUUUCUAAAGGGCAAGAAAGAAUCCAGAAAUAUAUCGAUUUGUUACUACGAUGCGGUGAAUAUGAUGAAAAUGCAACGUUGAAACUUUGUCGGUGGAAAAGCUACAGAGAGAUCUUUUGGAUUGAGGAAACCUUUGAUACAAAGUUAGACUUAGAAAUCCAACAUGAAAAUUCGGACACGCUUUCAUCGUCGUUGUCUUCUACACUUCACAACGAUCAAGCAACAUCGCGACUCUAAAACUCCAUAUGUAAUAGUUAUUGAUUAAUAAAAUUUAUUACUACAAGUAUCCCAUUUUUUCUUUUAUUUCACCUUAUACUUAUCUAACUUUAUAUUUAAAUAUAAGAACUUCCUGUUCCUCAUUACAAUGUCGCGGAAAUCAUAAACAAGCGACUUGUUUAUAGUUAGACUCAUCCUUAAAUAAUAUUCUCAAAAAAAUUAAUGAAAUAAUUACGUAAAAAAUAUAAAGAUAAGAUAACAAAAUCAAGACAAAAACAACGACGAUGUACGGCGAGCUUAUAAUGCGAGAUUUUUAGUGAAGUUAAUUCGUUUGACGAAUGCGUUAGUACGUAUGAUCAAUUUAUAAUAGCAAGAUUUAAAAAACUGUAGACUUCUAAAGUAAUUUAAACAAUUAAAUAGGACAAAUAAGAAAUAUCAAAUUAAAAAUAUUAUGGGCUAUGAGGUCAUUGUACUAAUAAAAUAGUAAUAAGUCUUGUGGUUACAUUGCACACAAACAACUAUUCAAUUCUUACUUGUUGUCAUAGAAAAAUUAGAAAAAAUUAAAAAAGGUUUAAUAGAAUUAAGUAAUUAGAAAUUAAUAUUAAAAUUGGCCAGGUUAUACAGAAAUCUACCAACCCUCAAAAUAAUAAAAGAUUAGUUAAACACAUUACAGAUCCCAUAAUAUUAUAACCUUUAUUUUGCAAAAAAUAGCCAACCCAUAGAACGACUCUUACACUAUAUAAUUAUUAAAAUUACCAAGCCAUAGAUCUAUUUUAAGCUUAUAAUUAUUUUACAGAAAACUUCCAAACCUUAUAUUAAUUAUACUAUUCACUAUUAAAUAAGCCAUUGAAAAACAUUAUAAAAGAACAAGAAAUAAAAUAUAUCCAAAAGAAAUAAAUCUAUUUCCGUUUUUUAAAUUAGACUUUCCAAACUAUAUUUUUCUCAAUUUUAGACCAUCGAGGAUUGGUAGCAGUCUGCACAACUUGGCCCAAAUAUCUCCAAUUAAUGUGCAAUGGUAAAUUAUUUAGAACCUGCAUACAACAUGUUUCUUGCUUAUCUUACUAAAAAAAAAAAAAAAAAACAGAAUGUAAAAA